AUGGAUAUUGAGACGGUUAGCGAAAGUGGAACCGGCUUCCCCCUCUUAGCUGAGAGGAUUGCCCUCAACCCGGACUGUGAGACUUUCAUCUUUCGCCGCUUUGACCGAUUGAGCGCGCGCAACCUUCUACACCUUGAAAGCAAACUUGCGUAUCUGGAAUACAAGCUCGACAAAGCCGAUGAGCAAGCAUUCGGCUCUCCCGAUAACGAGACAUGCCGGUCGAUCCGCGCAUGGGAGGCCUUCGAGGAGCUCGCACAGGAUCCGGCUCGACCAGAGCACAGGCGUAUGCAGCUUGCCGAGCAGAUUCGAGAAACGCUGAAGGAAUACCAAGAAGCUCUCCUAAGGCAAAGCCAGAUUGCCGCCUUGGAACCGCCUCGCAAGCGGGCUCUCGAAGUCGCUUGUAAUCAGUCUUAUCAGACAGUAUAUGAUUCAGCUGGCCAGAAGCGGAAGCGGCAUAUUCUCUCGGGUCUUGCAGAGAAAAGGCUCGAUGAGAUGAAUCAGCACGAUCUUGUGGCCGUGAGACGACCACCAGAAAAGGACCUUCUCUCGCGGUUUCUCCAGGACCGGUGGAUGUUCAAAACAACGAGAAUGACAGACGAUACCGAAUACAUCAAAGAAAGCCACGUCAAUUGGGUAGCGGCCGGGAUUAGCACUGUGCUUGCGGCCAUCUUGCUGCUCGGAGCCAUUGUGGUCCUGCGAAGAACUGACGACGAGAAUGCUCAACUUGGAGCCAUCGCCGCUUUUACGAUUCUCUUUGCCCUCAGUGUCGGGGUCCUGACAAAUGCAAGACGGGCCGAGGUUUUUGCGUCGACAGCUGCGUAUGCCGCUGUGCUCGUUGUCUUUUUCCAUGCCAUAUGGAGCCCCAAGACGCGGGACCACAACAUCCCUUCUCGAUACUUCACGGCGCAAGCUAUCUGA